GUCGGAAGUGGAUGAUGAGGUGGAAAGAAGAAAGGAACCAUGAUGUCUUGGCUAACCAUUAUCACGGAUCCUUCAUUCAACGUGAUUGAACGUGUGUGUUUGAGAGUUUGAAUUGUUGAUCCUCUCUGAGUUCACACUUUCAACUCAACCAAACUAGCAACAAAAUGGGGUUUCAGAAGAUAAGAGUUGACAACCCCAUCGUCGAAAUGGAUGGGGAUGAAAUGACCCGAGUGAUUUGGAAAAUGAUAAAAGAUAAGCUUAUUCUUCCUUAUUUGGAGCUGAAUAUUAAGUAUUUUGACCUUGGCCUUCCUCAUCGGGAUGCCACUGCUGAUAGAGUUACCAUUGAAAGUGCUGAAGCUACACUCAAGUAUAAUGUAGCAAUCAAAUGUGCUACUAUAACUCCAGAUGAAACUCGGGUCAAGGAGUUUAACUUAAAACAAAUGUGGAGAAGUCCAAAUGGGACAAUCCGGAACAUUUUAAAUGGUACAGUUUUUAGAGAGCCAAUUAUAUGUAAAAACAUCCCUCGUCUUGUUUCAGGCUGGACAAAGCCAAUAUGCAUUGGAAGGCAUGCUUUUGGAGACCAAUAUCGGGCAACAGAUACAGUUAUAAAAGGACCAGGAAAGCUAAAAUUGGUGUUUGCUCCGAGUGGAGGUGAAGGAAUUAAAGAGCUAGAGGUCUACAACUUUACUGGUGCUGGAGGCAUAGCUUUGUCCAUGUAUAAUACUGAUGAGUCCAUUAGAGCUUUUGCUGAGGCUUCAAUGAACUUUGCUUUCCAGAAGAAAUGGCCUCUCUAUCUUAGCACUAAAAAUACCAUUUUAAAGAAAUAUGAUGGAAGAUUCAAGGACAUUUUCCAGGAAGUCUUUGAGGCUCAAUGGAGCCACAGGUUCAAAGCUGCAGGAAUAUGGUAUGAACACCGUCUUAUAGAUGAUAUGGUUGCUUAUGCUCUUAAAAGUGAUGGAGGUUAUGUAUGGGCCUGCAAGAAUUAUGAUGGUGACGUGCAGAGUGAUUUCUUAGCUCAAGGAUUUGGUUCUCUUGGCUUGAUGACAUCAGUGCUGGUUUGCCCGGAUGGGAAAACCAUUGAGGCAGAGGCAGCCCAUGGCACAGUAACCCGUCAUUAUCGGGUUCAUCAGAAAGGUGGUGAAACCAGCACAAACAGUAUUGCUUCAAUUUUUGCCUGGUCACGAGGUCUUGCACACAGGGCAAAGUUGGAUGGAAAUGCUAGACUGUUGGAGUUUACGGAGAAACUGGAAGCAGCUUGCAUUGGAACCGUUGAAUUGGGAAAGAUGACAAAGGAUCUUGCGCUUCUUGUUCAUGGACCUAAGGUUUCUAGAUCCCAGUAUUUGAAUACUGAAGAGUUCAUCGAUGCUGUAGCUGAGGAGCUGCGAACAAGAUUAUCUUCACAAUCGAAGAUGUAAAGUUCAAGAUGAAUGUAUCCAUUAUAUGUUCUCCAUUUCCUUAAUUUUUCUUUUUCUUUCUUGAAGGAGGGAAUUCCAUUGCUUCUCAGUUACAACAUUUUAGAGUAUAUAACAGUCUGAAAUCUGAAUUUGUAAACAGUAGUGCUACUUUGGAAUACCUUAUGACAAUAUUGAAGAAAAAAAAAAAA